GAAUAUCGUGGUUGAGUUUGAACCUUCGGGAGGCGGACAUUGAAGUGAGGUGGUCGUCUUAAGCUUUCCUGGGCCUGAGAGAAAUAUUCAAGCAUAUAUAUAAACAGGAAUCAAAUAAUCAACAAUGUCUGUCACUGAGGAAGGCCUGUGUCAUCACAUGAAAGUAGUUGUUCGUGUACGUCCUGAAAACACAAAAGAAAAGGCAGCUGGAUUCCAUAAAGUAGUUCAUGUUGUGGAUAAACAUAUCCUGGUUUUUGAUCCCAAACAAGAAGAAGUCAAUUUUUUCCAUGGCAAGAAAAUUGCAAAUCGAAAUAUUAUGAAGAGACAAAAUAAAGAUCUGAAAUUUGUAUUUGAUGCUGUUUUUGAUGAAACUUCAACUCAGGUGGAAGUUUUUGAGCACACUACUAAGCCAAUUCUUCGUAGUUUUUUGAAUGGAUAUAAUUGUACAGUACUUGCCUAUGGCGCCACUGGAGCUGGGAAGACCCACACAAUGCUAGGAUCAUCUACUGAACCUGGAGUGAUGUACCUAACAAUGGUAGACCUUUACAAAUGCAUGGAUGACAUUAAAGAAGAUAAAGUAUGCAGUACAGCAGUUUCUUAUCUGGAAAUAUAUAACGAACAGAUUCGUGACCUCUUAGUAAAUUCAGGGCCACUUGCUGUCCGGGAAGAUGCCAGAAAAGGGGUGGUCGUUCAGGGACUUUCUUUACACCAGCCCAAAUCUUCAGAAGAAAUUUUACAGUUACUGGAUAAUGGAAACAAAAACAGAACACAACAUCCCACUGAUAUGAAUGCUGCAUCUUCUCGUUCUCAUGCUGUUUUCCAGAUUUAUUUGCGACAACAAGACAAAACAGCAAGUAUCAAUCAAAAUGUCCAUAUUGCCAAGAUGUCACUCAUUGACCUGGCAGGGUCUGAACGUGCCAGUAGUACUAGUGCUAAGGGGACCCGGUUUGUAGAAGGCACAAAUAUUAAUAGAUCACUUUUAGCGCUCGGAAAUGUCAUCAAUGCAUUAGCAGAUACAAAGAGAAAGAAUCAGCAUAUUCCUUACAGAAAUAGUAAGCUUACUCGCUUGUUAAAGGAUUCUCUUGGAGGAAACUGUCAAACUAUAAUGAUAGCUGCUGUUAGUCCUUCCUCUAUAUUCUACGAUGACACAUAUAAUACUCUUAAGUAUGCUAACCGCGCGAAGGACAUUAAAUCAUCUUUGAAGAGCAAUGUUCUUAACCUCGACAAUCAUAUAACUCAGUAUGUAAAGAUAUGUAAUGAGCAGAAGGCCGAGAUUUUAUUGCUGAAGGAAAAACUAAAAGCCUAUGAAGAACAGAAAGCCUUUCCUAAUGAAAAUGACAAAGCAAACGUAAUGAUUUCAAACCCACAGGAAAAAGAAAUAGAAAGAUUUCAAGAAAUUCUGAACUGCUUGUUCCAGAAUCGAGAAGAAAUCAGACAAGAAUAUCUGAAGCUAGAAAUGUUACUUAAAGAAAAUGAACUUAAAUCAUUCUAUCAACAACAGUGCCAUAAACAAAUAGAAAUGAUGUGUUCUGAAGACAGAGUAGAAAAGGCCACUUGCAAGCGAGAUCAUAGACUUGCAAUGUUAAAAACUCGUCGCUGCUACCUGGAGAAAAAGAGGGAGGAGGAGCUGAAGCAAUUUGAUGCAAAUACUAAUUGGCUCUGUCGCGUGGAAAAUGAAAUGAAACUCUUAGGCCAAAAUGGUCAUAUUCCAAAGGAACUCAAAAAAGAUCUUCACUGUCACCAUUUGCAUCUCCAGAACAAAGAUUUGAAAGCACAAAUUAGGCAUGUGAUGGAUCUCGCUUGCCUUCAAGAACAACAACACAGGCAGACUGAGGCAGUAUUGAAUGCUUUACUUCCAACCCUAAGAAAACAAUACUGCACAUUAAAAGAAGCCGGCCUGUCAAAUGAUGCUUUUGAGUCUGACUUCAAGGAAAUUGAACAUUUGGUAGAGAGGAAAAAAGUGGUAGUGUGGGCUGACCAAACUAUUGAACAUCCAAAGCCAAAUGAUCUACCAGGGAUUUCUGUUCUUAUGACCUUUCCACAGCUUGGAGCAGUUCAGUCUACUCUUUGUUGUGCAUCUUCAAGUGAAUCUAAUCUGCUUAAAAUUCCUCCACAAAAAAGAACUCGGAGAAAACUAAUGUCUUCUCCCUUGAAAGCACAACAUGCUCAAAAGUCCCUACCAUUUGAAAGUACACAACUCAAUGAUUCUCUCAGCAAAGAGCUUCAACCUAUUGUGUAUACUCCAGAAGACUGUAGAAAAGCUUUUCAAAAUCCAUGUACAGUGACCUUAAUGAAACCAUCAUCACAUAUUACAAGUUUUCAGGCUGUCAGCUCAAAUAUAAGCAGCAAUAAUUCUCUGAAGAUGUUAAUGGAAGUAAACACCCCUCCUAACAGGGAAACAAAAUGUGGACAGGAAGAUUUGGACUCUACAUUUACUAUUUGUGAAGACAUCAGGAGCUUGAAGAGCAAAUUACCUGAGCAAGAAUCACUACCAAACAACAACAAAAACAUUUUACAACGGCUUGACCCUUCAUCAUCAACUAAGCAUUCUAUGCCUGUACCAACUGUAGUACCAUCCUACAUGGGGAUGACUGCUGCUGCCAAAAGGAAACGAAAAUUAACAAGUUCUACAUCAAGUACAACAUUAACUGCUGAUGUUAGUUCUGGAUUUGCCAAACGCAUUCGACAAGACAACUCAAGCGAUAAGCACUUACAAGAAAACAGACAAACAGUAGAACAUAAAAGAAACACCGGUAAAAUAAACCCAAGCACGAUUAGAAAAUUUGGAAGAAGCAUUUCUAAAGAAAAUCUAAGAUAA